AUGGUUCUUCACAAGCACGUUGACGCAGACGAGGUGCUCAAAGUCGCUCGUGGUAACCGGGCUCAGCAGGUCCUGGCCGAAUCCAAUAAUGUCCUUUCUACACCCUACUCGGGUCGUUACGAGGCGUUUGAAGACUUGCCAAAGUGGAAGAUUCCCCAAGGAAGCUCUCCUGCGGCUGCCUGCUACCAAUUGAUUCACGAUGAGCUUGACUUUGAUGGCCGAACCAAUCUUAAUUUGGCAUCAUUUGUGCACACGUACAUGGAACCCGAAGCCGACAAGCUCAUGGUAGAGAACAUUGCCAAGAACCUCUCAGACAUGGAUGAAUAUCCCGCAAUGCUUGACAUGCAGGCUCGAUGCGUGUCUAUGAUUUCUGGCCUUUGGCAUGGACCGCCUGGCAAGGCUUUUGGUACAGCCACCAUUGGCUCAUCUGAAGCCAUUAUGCUGGCUGGACUUGCUGCCAAAAAGCGUUGGCAAAAACGUCAAGAAGCUGCCGGUAAAUCGACAGCCAAGCCUUCUUGCAUUAUGGGAUCCAAUGCUCAAGUCGCCAUUGAAAAGUUUGCUCGUUACUUUGAGGUUGAGAACCGUUUGAUUCCUGUUUGUAAAGAGUCGUGCUAUGUGUUGGACAUCAACAAAAUCAAAGAACAGCUCGAUGAAACCACGAUUGCAGUCUUUGUCAUUCUUGGUUCCACCUACACUGGCACCUACGAGAAUGUGCAAGCUGUAUCUGACUUGUUGGAUGAGUACGAGAAGGAGACAGGCAUUUCCAUUCCUAUUCACGUUGACGCAGCUUCGGGCGGGUUUGUGGCGCCAUUCGUCACACCUGAACAUGUCUGGGACUUUCAGAUUCCUCGCGUCAAGAGUAUCAAUACCUCUGGUCACAAGUAUGGUCUGGUAUACGCUGGUCUCGGCUGGCUCAUCUUCCGUGACGAAGACCAGCUACCCAAAGAACUUGUCUUUGAAUUGCACUAUCUCGGCUCAACACAAGAAUCCUACACCCUCAACUUUUCCAGGGGCGGUGCCACAGUCAUUGCUCAGUACUACAACUUUUUGCGCUUAGGCUUUGAGGGCUACAAGCAAAUUGGACUCGCUGACUUGGAAAACGCUCGAGUUCUCUCUGUUGCACUUGAGGCAACUGGCUACUUUGAAUGUGUCUCGGACGUGCACCGCAAGAAGGGCGAAUUUUUGUAUAAUACAAAAGCGCUGUCUGAUGGAUCUGAGAAGGUCGCUGGCGAUGUCGACCCUGGAGAUUUCAAUCCUGCACUGCCAGUCGUGGCAUUCAGGUUGACGGACGAGUUCAGCAAGAAGUACCCACAUGUCAAACAGGCUGCCAUCUCGACUUUUAUGCGUGUCAAGCAGUGGAUCACGCCAAACUACUCCUUGCCACCAACAGCAGAUAAAGUUGAGGUACUGCGUGUCGUUGUGCGCGAAUCGUUCCACACCGCACUCUUGGACCGCUUUGUCAAAGAUGUGAUUGAGACGGUCGAGACUUUGAUCGAGUCUGACACGGUUGACUUGAAUGCCUUUGCUGGCAGUAUCGAUGCUGCACAGGGCUCAGCCAAGCAACCAGGUCAUAAGGGCAAGAAAGCUGGCACUGAGGAGUACAAGCAACACCACAAGCAUCACAAGAACUUUUACCGUCGUGCUUGCUAG